AUGUAUAUGACAUCGACAUCGUUUAGUAAUACUAUCCGUACCAUACCGUUGGUCAUUAUUAUUGUAAUUGAAUUGAUAUCGUUUGACAUUAACCACUAUAAUCAUCAUCUUGUGUUAGCUGAUACUAUCAAUAGUAAUAGUAGUAGUCUUAGUAAAGCCAGUCCAGAGCAACCUAAUGCCACAACAACUAUAACAGUCUCAACCAUUGUCAAUGAUACCAGUGAUGGUAAUGGUAUCACAAAUACAUCAUUUAUGAUUAUAACUGAUGAUGACACCAUAGCAAAUUCAACGAUAACAACAAAAACUGGUGACAAUGUUGAACUGAUUCCACCAAAAGUCGCCAAAUCAAGACAUCCGACCACUUUGUUUUGGGCUAUUGUUUGUAUAGUCAUAGCAUUGGGUGUUAUCCUUGGACUUAUCUGUCGCUUUAUACAGCGAUCAAAACUUCAAAACAGGACACCUCCGACACCGCCAAAGGUCAAGUCAAAAGACCAACGGAUAGUAUUGAUACCUAAAUCAGAUGAUACCGUUGCUGCUGCUGGUGGUGGUGCUGAUGCCGAUCGCACCAAAUAA